AUGAACAUCCGCAAUGCUCGCCCAGACGACCUGAUGAACAUGCAACACUGCAACCUCCUUUGCCUUCCCGAGAACUACCAGAUGAAAUACUAUUUAUAUCAUGGCCUUUCCUGGCCCCAGCUCUCCUACAUUGCUGAGGAUGAAGACGGGAAGAUUGUGGGCUAUGUUUUGGCCAAAAUGGAGGAGGACCCAGAUGAUGUCCCUCACGGCCAUAUCACCUCACUGGCCGUGAAGCGUUCACACCGGCGCCUCGGCCUGGCCCAGAAGCUGAUGGACCAGGCCUCCACGGCCAUGAUAGAGAACUUUAGCGCCAAAUACGUGUCUCUGCAUGUCAGGAAGAGUAACCGGGCAGCUUUGCACCUCUAUUCUAAAACCCUCAACUUUCAAGUUAGUGAAGUGGAACCCAAAUACUACGCAGAUGGGGAAGAUGCUUAUGCUAUGAAGCGGGAUCUCUCACAGAUGGCAGAUGAGCUGGGAUGGCAGCUGGAGCUGAAAGAGAAGGGCAGGUAUGUGGUGCUGGGCUCCAAGGAGAACCAGGAGACUCAGGGCAGCACACUUCCUGGUUCUGAAGAGGCCUGUCAGCAGGAGAACCCGGUUGCCAAUUCUAGUGGCAUUGACAGCAAGGAACCCAGCGAGUCCACGGAGAGCUCCGGUGCACAGGACAGCACAGAAGACUCAGAUUCCACCUCCGAGAUCCUGCUCGAGAGAGGCCAAAGCAAGGCUUUGAAGCAAGGAUGUAAGAUAGUUAAUGGUGUGAAUAUUCUUGUACAAGCUAUAGAGAAUGGUCUACAGCCCCUUCCCUCACUUGUAACUUUAAAGAAACUACUGGAUGGUCUCAGGCUCAGCGGCUGCAGCAGGAACCGGACCCAGGACCGGAGCGGCUGCUGCGGUGGCGGUGGUAGCAGCAGCAGCAAUAGCACUGGUAUAGCCUCCUCACCCGGCAGUGGCGGCAGCAGUGGUGGCGGCAGUGGCGGCCCCUCCUCACCCGAACAUCAGAGCCCUCCAGACCCAGGCGCCCCAACAAUAUCUCCUCAAGCCAAAGCCGCAGGACCCCAAGGACUGCAUUUGCACACCCUCCCACCCAACUCCUCCUCGGGACCUGGCCUGACUAAAGGACAUUUACCAGCCAACUGCUCCCACCAAAUCGCCCUAAGAGAGCCGAUCUCACUAAAUAAGAAAAGACCCUACAUAAUGGAAUAUAACAAUCAGUCUGUCUAUAAAUUGUAUCUACAGGCUCUUUCUUUAGUAUAA